AUGCUCAGUUUGGGUACUACACUCGAGGAGAAAUUUGAAGACUUUGGUGAGGUUAAUGAAAAGGGAGUUAUUGAGGACAUCCUUCAAGAGUCUUCUUCUGUUCUCCAGGUCACCACAGCCAUGACAAAGCUUAGAGUAAACAGCUUGUUUUGGAAAACUUAUUUCAUGCAUGUGGACAAAGUGUUCUAUCCAACGCAGUUGAUUGACAAAUGGCUAGUUACUCAAGAUGUUCGUCUGAGUUCAACUAUUUCAGAAAAAAAUAUAGUACAUGUAAAGAACCCUCAUUUGGCCUCAAUGCCUGAGGAUUUUCUGUAUCAUUUUGAUUUGGGAACAAAAACACACAAUCUUCAAGCAAUGUUUGGAGAUGUGAAGUUUGUCUGUGUGGGAGGCAGUGCAAACCAGAUGAAAGCUUUUGCACAGUUCAUGUAUUUAGAAUUUGAACUAAAUGAAAGUGACAGUGAUGUACUGGAUAUUUGUGUAGGAACUGACAGAUACAAUAUGUACAAAACUGGCUCUGUAUUGUCCAUAAGUCGUGGAAUGUGCGUGCCAUCUAUAUCAAUCAUGUUUCAUGAACUUAUCAAAUUACUUCACCAUGCCAAGUACCAUGAUGUCACUAUCAUACGUUUGGGAAGCUCAGGCAGAAUAGGGUUGGAUCCUGGAACUGUGAUCAUUACAGGUACAGCAGUAGAUUCAUUCUUCCAACCUCAGUUUGAACAAGUUGUUCUGGGGAAAAUAAUUAACUGAAGCACCGAACUGGAUGAGGAUCUAGCACAAGAAUUAUUGAACUGUGGUAGUGAGAUUGAUGAUUAUCUUAUUAUCAUUGGAAACACUAUGUGCACCUAUGAUUUCUAUGAAGGGCAAGGACGUUUGGAUGGUGCUUUACGCUCAUUUUCAAAUGAUGAAAAAAAUGGAUAUUUGAAGAAGGCAUAUAAAGCUGGUGUCAGAAAUAUUGAAAUGGAGUCCACUGUCUUUGCUACUAUGUGUCACAGCUGUGAUCUAAAAGCCGCUGUCGUCUGUGUGACUUUAUUAAAUCGAUUUGACGGUGACCAAAUCACAACUCCUCAUGAGGUUUUGCUUGAAUAUCUAAAGUGUCCACAGAAACUGGUGUCAGAAUUCAUAAAAAAGCUUUGGCUAUACAACUGA